AUGGAGUCAGAUACCGACUACGCCGAUGAUGCCGAGAGCAACGGGCUAUCGCCUGAUCGAGUCGUUCCAUCAUCACCCCCUCGACAAGCAGCUCCCGAUAUACGAGCCAUCAACACAUCGCCACCGGGAGAUCCAAGAGCCUCGCGCACCGUCCCGAAUGUGAUAUCAAACAACCCGUUCGCACAAGGAGAAGAGGGUCGAACGUACUUCACCCGCCCCAAUCGCUACUUCGGCCCCGCGUCAACAUGGAACUCUUGGACCAAGGUGGAACGCACCGUGGCUCUGAGCUUGGAUCGUGUGCGCAGUCAGGACCUCAGCACCCACCUCUUCAACGCCUUCGGCGUGAAGCGCAAACUACAGCCACAGGGCGGGAGGGAAGCGAAGCGGAGCAGGAAGGGUAAGGAGAGAGCCUCGUCGGUGCUCUCUACACCAUGCGACGAUGAUGACGAGGCAACCCUGGGUCGGCGCACCGGGGGGAGGAACGGACUCGUCAAGUCCUGGACAGCUUGGCCUAUGCCUCCCGACCAGGUGCCUCGUGAAGAAUUGCUGCCAAGAGUGGCGGGAGACAUCGAAUACCGCAUGCAGGCCCAGCCUCAGCCCAGUGCCAAUCUUGAAGAAUGGUUGAUUGCGACCGCGACGAAGAUUGCUAGAGAACGAUGGCAUGCAAGACAAUGGGAAGACCAGACCCUAGCUGGUGCGCCACAGAGGGACAUGGCAGCCGAGCCCAGUGAUGCGGAAGUGGACAUGGAUGCAGAAGUCCCUGAGGACGAGGACGAGGACCAGGAAGAAGAAACUAUGGAUGUGGAACGGGCAGAGAGUCCGCACUCGCCAGAAGCCACAGCAGAGCCGGUAUUCUACUCUCAACAAUUCGCAUUCUACGAAGAUGAUGCAGAGGAGGCUUCCAUCUCCGGCAAGGAGGAAAGCGAUCCUGAUACAAGUGACGUGGAGCGGCGCCCCGUGCCGUUGGUGGACGAUGAGAAGGCGCGUGGAUGCUUUCUUCCCAGCGCACGACACAUCCUGAGCAAAGUCGAUGAUCUGCUACUUGGUCUUCAUAAGGCCAGAUACGCCUACGCAGCAAAGCCGCAAAGCACACGGAGGACAAAGUAUUCUCAGAGCCCGGAGGACGACACAAUCAAUUCCACUCGAGGAAGAAGCGGUUCACGUCCGCCAACACGGCAGAGAGCACGUUCGUCGUCCGCAUUUACCGACGUAUCGAGCGCGUCAGUCACCUCUGCUGCAUCGGCAGCACGGUCACGACGGGUCAAGAAUCUCGGCUUGCGGGACUGGAGCGACGUGGUGGGCAUGGCCAGCCUUACAGGUUGGGAUCCCGCAGUCGUGGAGCGUGCAAGUCGACGAUGUGCGAAGCUCUUUGACGAGAACAUGCAAUUCCGCACGUUCUAUGAAGGAGAGGGCAGGAGUCGGAGUGAAUCGCACUUUACGGAACACCUUGCUGAUGACGACGGAAGCCAAAGGUCGUCACAGCUCGGAGAACAAGAGGCCGAUCCCAACGAAAAUGAGCGUCCAGCAAUUCGCACGUCCAGACCCUGUGAACGGUGUCAAGCAACGAAAACCGAAUGCCAACCCGCGGACGGCGAACCUGGAAUAGCAAGAGCUUGCAGGAACUGUCGAGAGUCGGGAGCCACGUGCUCAGGAAUCCAAGUGCAUGUGGUAGAAGACGAGCGAACCUGCCCGCAUCGAGCUUGUCCGAGACACCAGAUCCCAUUUCGGAAGAAGAGCCAUCUUCAGCGACACUUGGAGAGCGUCCACGGGCAGAGCGGUGGGUUACAACCGCCCCAGAGCAGGCGGGGCUCGCGAAGUGCCAGUCUGAGCGCUAACAGUCCCUAUACCGACAUCGACGCCAGUAGUGAGUUGAACGACGACCCGGAGCACCGGAUUCUGUGCCCCGUCCCAUCGUGCCGGCGAGCAAGACAGCCUUUCUCCAAGGGCAAGAAACUCUACGAACAUAUACGACGGAUGCAUCCAGAGGUCGAUGUUGAUCAGGUCAAGAAGAGUGAGGCGCGUAGAAAGGGAGAGACCAGAGGCACGUGGAGAGAUGAGAGACGGACAAGGAGUAAGAGCAAAAGUCGCAGCAAGAGUCGCUAUGGCGAUGGAAGCCGGAGUCAAAGUCGGAAUCCAGGUUGGCGGGCUUCUCGGGCGAGAGAAGGUGAUCCGGAGGAGAGUGAGAGCGACGGUGAGGGGGACGACGAGUAUAUCAAUCAGGGCAGUUAA